CUCCUAGGAUGUGGCACAGAAGCGCGGACUAUUAAUACUGAUGUAGGCAGUGGUCUCAGACGCGCCGCUUGAAACGUUCUUCAAUCCCUUCGAACAGGACAACUUCAGAGUUUUAAUCACUUUACAUUGACACACUCCUCCAUGUCAGGUUCAUCAACACCACAGGAUCUUCCUGUAACACUCCUGCCGCUCACAUCGCAACAACGUGAUGAGAUUGAUCGAGACUUACUUGAGGCCAAUGGCCCCAUCCUGAAUAUUAUCAGUACUAGUGAAGAUAAAGAGGCUACCACAUCGGAUCUCUUGGACAACCUGCUUUUCUCGAUCAUGUCACAAACUCUUUUUGUGGCCAGUAGAUUGCUCAAACGUGAACACCUGGAGGACAAUCUUGACCUGGACAUGGCAAAGAAGGAAACACUACAGAAGCAUCCUCAACGACAUCAUGUCCCUCUGUUGACAGUUGCUGGAAAUGCAGCAAUAUUUCAAAUACCUCAAGCUAGCGAUCCCGUGCGGUCGUCUUCAGAUUCAUUCGUCAGACCUUACGUUGGCAAGGCUGCGGACAGUUUCUAUGAGUACCUGAAAAAUAACGACAUAAAGUUCACGAGUGGCAUACAUAGACCAUACUAUGCUAAGUUCUGUUCGAUCAUCCAAAGUUCUGGUACAGGAAAAUCAAGACUAAUGACCGAGCUCUGGAACAAAGGUGUUACUGUUUUGUACAUGAAUCUUCAUGAUCCAAGUGAUCUGGGCUUCCCUAUGCGAGACCUAGUGCCCACGCGUAUAUUAACUGAAGAUACAGACUGCACUGCAACCGAGUAUUCCGCCCGUUGUUGCGCGUUCUUUACAGCCAUAUUUCAGACACUUCAGGAGGAUCUGAGCAGCAAACUACCUCGGCCGCGCUGUAGGGAUUCAUUUCUGCGCUCUGGCAAUCCUGAUCCUGUAAUCAAAUCAUGGAAUGACCAAAUGUGCAAUAUGCGCUCAAGUGCUCGUUCCGAGUUCUUUCAGAAAACCCUUACCAAGAUCAAAAUACCAAGCCCCGCAGAGAAAACUGACGUGAACCCCACUGUGCUAACAGUGGAGGAGACCGCCACAAAGUUAGGGAGUAUGUCUCUCACAGACGAGAAGAUUGUGAACAACAUGCUGAUGGUUUUGCAACAUAUAUUUACUAAGAACAAGGACGAGGUUUCAAAUAAUGAUCCCAAACUCGUGAUAGCAUUCGACGAGGCCCACCCUCUGAGCAACAUGAGUACAAAGGGUUUUCAUCCAUCACAUAUCAUUGGCAAAACAAUCAACUGUUACUCCAAGAAAAGUAAUGCAUCGGUCUGGGUCGUAUUUGCAUCCACGACCUCGCAAGUGGCGGAUUUUUCAGCGCCUCAGUUGGUCCAUAAGCACCUGCUAUACGAUGAUUCUCUGCGCAUAGCGGUAGCCGGCCAACUCCUCUAUCCGCCCUAUACACAUCUUGGUUGGGACCAGAAUGCAGAUGCUGUGUCUGGUACAUUGGCGAAUAAUGUCACAAGCUUUGAUCACAUCAUUGGAUUCGGUCAUCCACUAUGGAAGUCCCUCAUAGGGAAAUGUACUAUCCCUGAUAUAGAAUUUGACGCGAAUGAUGCGAACCAAGCUCUUGCUAUCCUGUCCCAGAGAUUCGGUCUCGACAUUUGCUUGGGUCACCCCGAUGCUGUGUCUUAUCUCGAAAAAGCAGUAGCUAGUUACCUGCGCAUAUGCUUCUCGACGACCGAAGAUAGGAUGUGGACCUUCACCGGUUAUCCAUCAGAACCCAUUCUGUCUUGCAUUGCAGCAAUUAUACUCCAUAGGACGCCUAAUGAUGUGAAUGUUGAUGAUGGGAUGGUUGAGAUAGGACAGAGCGGGGAGUUGGCCAGCAGGCUUUUGCUGCUUCUCACUAAGGAUAUCUUUAUCCGCAAGGACCCACUCAAGGGCGUGAUCCGAGAUCUACACUAUAACGGAAGUGGGGAUGCGGAACUGAUGGACUGCCGGAAAGUCUCCGUCAUCGAUUUCCUGGAGUACCUAUUUGGCCAGACAUUCUGGUCGAGGACUGUUAAGGAGGCCAAGGCAGCUUUUCAGCAUGCUUACAUCAAUUUCUCCCACUGGGUGUCUAUGACAGAGUUCAUCUCACCGCCAGUUCCUGAUCAAACUGACGCUGAUUCGUUGAGUGCUAGAUGCAGCGCCGAAGAGUGGACUUUGCGACACUGGCAUCGCACAAGCGCAGUCCAAUGCUGUCAUCUGCAGCCGCUCGUCGACAAGAUGAUUCCCAUUUAUUUUGAUGACCCUGCCCUCGGCUCCGAAGAUCUCAAUCGCGUGUCACAGAUAUUUAUUUCCGACAAAGUGGGGAAGAAUUGCCAUGAGCGUGACUUAGGGUUGGUCACUCGCACGCAUGAUUCAAUCCAGUGCCUAUCGAAUCUCCCCUACAUCGUCCUUCUCCUCGACUUGAAUGUGAAACCAAAGCUUAACAUUAUGUUCCUGGAGAAGGAGCCAAAUUACGUCGAAACAGACUGAUGUCUGCGGAUCUACGCUUCUGGAAUAAGUGAAACCACAUUUCCAUUUUUGAGCCAACAUCCCGGUGUUGCAAGCCAGCUGCGUGGGCUUGUCUCUCGGCAGAAAGAAGCACCAUCCCAAACCACUUUCGAAGCCCUGGUCAAAUUUGGGAGUACUGCUAGGCUACGCAACUUGCAGUGGGAAUUACAAGAUGCAUGAUAAUUCAAUACAACUC